CAUGAUAGUCAAUGCACAUCCACUGCACCAUAUAACUCUUCGUCGACCUUUAAUAGCCUGAUUUUCUCGAUCCCUCGCAAAGGUGUGAUAAUCUGAUAGAUUGAUAACUCGAUAAUCAACAAAUUCAAAAUCAGAGAUGGUGAAAGUGGCGACAUACUUUGCAAUGACACUUGGAGCCUUCAUCUUCUGGCAGUCCAUGGAUAAAGUCCACGUCUGGAUCGCCCUCCAUCAGGACGAAAAGAAAGAGAGGCUGGAAAAGGAAGCGGAGAUCAGCAGAGUGAGAGAAGAACUACUUAAAGAAAACAAAUACAAGGAUGCGCUGUAAUUCCGUUUGUAUUGUUGCUCUUUUUGUUAUCAAUUGAUGAAUUUUCUCAUAAGCAUGAUGUGUACUGUAAGUUCAUGCCAUAAUUGUUAUCAAAGCUGAUGAAAUUUGUGGUUUAAUUAGCUUUUUAUUUUCCCAAUGAGUUUACACUCUUACUGCAUCUA